AUGUCGGCUGCCGUCAGGGUUCUGGCUUUCCUGGCUUUUUUUGUCGUCGUCAGUGAAGCUCUUCACAAAAUCUCCCGUGAGUUUAUUUUUUUUUUCAAUAUUCGGAUUAGAAAUUCUUGUUUAGUUCACUUUGAUGAUGAAACAGACCCCAUCGAAGUAGAGCUGUACGACGAAAAGGAAUAUGAGAGUUUAUAUUUUGAAAAUAAUCGAAAAACCGCGGUGUUUUUUUUUAGGAAGACACCGCGAUUUUUUGGAUGUUUUCCGGAAUAUCGAAAUAUCAGAGCCUUCGAUCCAGAAAUUAAGCGCUUUUUUCAUCAAAUAUCAAGUAACCUUGUUGAAAAUCCCUUUUCCUAGUUUCAAACUGAAUUUUAUUUAGAUGAUGCACAAAGAGGAGCCGACUACGCCCUACUGGGACUUCAGAGAUAAACACCGAGACGCUUAUCGGAAAGAGUUGUUACAAAUCAUCAGAAACUUUCCGAAGGAUGACAAGGUCAGUUAUUAUUCUAUUUCUAAGGUGGUCCUCCGAAUGGCUCAUUUCGAGCCGCGACCGACCUGA